GUCAGCCAAUCGGAGGACAAAAUAUUUUUAGGCUGACCCCUAGCGGAUGAAGCUGCGGCCCGAAAGGUGUGCAGGAGGAUACUGUGCAGGAGGAUACUGUACUGCAGGACACGUUACUGUACACAAGUAGGUCUGCCCACGCGUCCAUACUCGACUGUGAAAUCAAAAAGUUGCACGCAUAGAACGUUAUUUGGUCGGAAAGAAGUCGGAAAGAAGAACCAGAGUCAGAGAUUAUCAUCAUGUUGCAUGUGAUCGGGUUGGGUCUUGGUAAUCCGAAGGACAUAACCGUUAAAGGUCUUGAGACAAUACGUAAAUGUGAUCGCAUUUAUUUAGAAACGUACACAUCGAUUUUGGCUGCUGGACUAGAAGAUUUUGAAACAUUGUAUGGACGUGAAAUACUGGAGGCAGAUAGAGAACUAGUCGAGAACGAUACUGACGAAUUAUUGCCAAAGAGCGAGAACGAGAACGUUGCUUUUUUAGUGGGCGGUGAUCCAUUUGGGGCUACAACACAUUCCGAUUUGAUAGUACGAGCUCACGAGAAAAAGUUACAGGUGAAUAUUAUUCACAAUGCAUCCAUAUUGACCGCGAUCGGUUGUUGCGGUCUUCAACUUUACCGAUUUGGUGAAACUGUAUCUAUUCCUUAUUGGAGCGACGAUUGGAAACCCAAGAGUUUCUUUGAAAAACUUCUGUACAACAGGGAAAGGAAUUUACAUACGCUUUGCCUAUUGGACAUUAAAGUGAAAGAGCCUACUUUCGAAAGUUUAACGAGAAAGAAAAAGGAGUAUAUGCCACCAACGUAUAUGACCGCCAACCAGGCUGCUGAGCAAUUGGUGCAGUCAUUAGAUGUAAUACCCAAAGGGAGAGCAUGGGAUGACAGAUUUACGAUGGACGAUUGGUGUACGGUUAUAGCUUUGGGCCGCGUAGGCUGGGACGAUCAGCGUGUCGCAAUUGGUACUGUUGGACAGAUGUGUCGCAUGGAUGUUGGGCCACCGCCGCAUUGUCUCAUUGUCCCUUCGAUGACGUUGCACCCUGUCGAAAGCGAAUAUCUGGCACAAUACGGGAGGAGAGAACAUACCGAUCGAUAUUUGUGAGAAACGUUAUUAUAAUAAACGUAAAUAUGAAUAAACUCAUAUACAAAUA